AUGGACGCCACCUCAUUGCAGGGCCAAACAGUAGCACACCAUGGCGCACAUGAUGCGGGUCCAUAUAUGAGCCAGUGUGGGCUUAUGGCCGCUAGUGGUGUGGAAGAAGAAGAUAAGAAUGAGCAGCACGAUUCCGCCGACGGGCAGAUUGAUGUAGAAGUUGGUUGCAUCGGCCUUAACGUCAACAACUGUUCAUUGGACAGUGGCGAUAACGUACCACCAACGCCAUGA